AGAUAUCAGCAUCGAAUUGUAAUGAAACAUAUUAAACGUAGUUGGAGAAAUGCACAAUUGUACUGAGAGAGAAAAGGGGUUGGAUGCGUUUUUGCACGUACUCCACAGUACACGCCCACUCUGAUUCCUGCCGUGACGUUUUCUGUCUUGUCAUAUUUACAACCACGAGAUUGUUCCGUCGAAUAUGCACCAAAGCGUUAUACGUUUGAGGUAAGCCGGACACCAGUUCUCACAGAACAUGGACAGAGGCUGGUUUAUUGGACAUGAGAGGAUUCCCCCUCCAGAGGAGGAGCCGUCCAGCUGUUACAGCAGCGUCCCGAGGCGUUGCAUUACUAUCAACCUGACUGAAAUGCUUCAAGCUGACAAACCCAGUCGAGCGAAGAAGCUGAUUCCGAUCCGCCCCCCUAGCCCCAGAGUGUCUUUGCAGGGGGAGAAAGGGUUCCAUCGCGGUCUCUCCUGUGAACCCACGCCUAAACCCAUCAUCCGACAACGAUCCCGCUCCCUGCCGUCCGCUACAGAGAAGAAGAAGCAAUGCCGAAAUGUGGGCGUACGCUUCGUGGAUUCUUUGGGGCUUGACCUGGAAAACAUAAAGCUUUUCAAAUCUGGAGAGGAUCCAUUUGUACCACAUCAUGUUGCCUUUAAAUUGUUGAUGGGUGCAGAGUUGGCAGAUGGAAGGCAUCUGGAGAUAUCCUUGCCAUAUUUAAAGCCGGUUUUUGCCCAACAACCUGGCGACCAGCACGGAUUCGUGCAUCGCCUUUAUGAGCAGAAAGUGUGUCUUGAAAGAGUCUUGUGUUUUGAACUGGGUGUCAUCGGAAUCACCCAAGUCCUCAAUGUGGACUUCGAGAAAGACGUCGUAGCUCGCUAUUCAUUUACGGACUGGAAGAGCUGCACAGAAACUAAGGCCUCCUGGGUGUCCACCAUCACCAAGAGCGGGGAGAGCGGAGAGGGCCAAGUCAGUUGUGAUACAUUUCGUUUCCACUUGCCUGUUCCUCCAUUCCUGCAUCCAGGAGCAGUGUUACAGUUUGCCAUUCGGUACAGAGUCUGUGGCGCUGAAUACUGGGAUAACAAUGAUGGAGAGAAUUAUAAGUUAGUUUGCCAUAACUACAAGCUCAGCGUUCCCAAAGAAUGCGAGGACAGUAUGGUGCACUUCAUUUAGGAUGCCGACUUACGGUAGAUUCAAUCUGUUUAGUUUGGUGGUCAGCAAGACCUAAAUAUGAACUGCAUUGUGACAUAUACUGUUAGGUUUGUUAACUAAGAGAGGACUUCUUUGAAUCAAGUCAAAUUCAAGCUAAACGGUCAGACCUAGUAGUAAGGUAUGGUGAACAAUAACACAAACAUUAAUGCACUUCUACCUUAUGCCCACUGGCACCACUAUUUUACUUUUUUAUUGUUAAUGCAGUCUAUAAUUUUGUUUUCCUAGAUUUAAAAAUUGAAGUAAAAGCCCUUUAAUAUGGGACCCAAUAUUAUUAUUUUGUUUGAUCGGUAGAACCAUUUUGUAUUUAUCAGACAAAAUUGUCAACUCAUCAUAUCAAACUCAUCAAAAAACCCUGUAUUUAGAGUCUAUUUUUUAAUCAAAUGUUGUCAAACCAAAUGCCAUAACCAUGCAAUACAUGCAAUUUUAAUGAAUCACUAAUGUGCAUUUUCUUUUCCAAUAAAGCACUGUUCCAAAUAA